AACAUACGUAACUUCAUGGCAUUGAAUGCGCUGUCGCGUCCUUUGACACGGUUAACCGUUUACAAAACCGAUUUUCAGACAUUUCUGGUGAUGUUUAAACUAUUAUAUCAUGCCUAGUGUAUGUGAAAAAUCGGUGAAAUUUCGGCAAAUUCUUAGUGUUUGCCUCCAGUAGUUGAUGUGAUACGGAUUGGGUCCAGCACGUCAAAAACCAAGACAUAGUCGUGUGUGCUUCGAUAGAUAUAUUUGCUUUAUUGAUAUUUUGAGUGUCAGACGUUUUGGUGUCUAUGCAUAUCUUGAGAGUUUGGACAGUGUUUUAGACUAUCUUUCACCAAGCAAACAUUUUUAAAUAGACUCAAGAUACAUACCUGAUAAAAUGUCAGAAAUCGUGUACCCUCAGGGGUGUAGGUCCGUUACGGAGGAUCUUGGUCCAGAUGAGCUCAUUAGAAGACUUAAGACAUUGGCACAUACCCUACAAGCAAUGGGUCAAGAUGAAGGAAUGUAUCAGCAGUACAUUCCAUUGGCUUUACACUUAGCCGAAGAUCAUUUUCUCAUGCACCAAAGUAAAGACGUACAGCUAUUAAUUGCAUGUUGCAUUGCUGACGUUCUUAGAGUAUAUGCACCUGAAGCUCCGUACAAAGAUGCUGAACAGGUGAAAACCAUAUUUUUAUUUCUCAUCAAACAACUCGCUGGUCUGAAAGAUCCAAAAGAUCCAGCAUUUAAGCGAUAUUUUUACUUGCUUGAGAAUUUGGCAUAUGUCAAAUCUUUCAACAUGUGCUUUGAACUGGAAGAUUGUCAGGAAAUAUUCUGUGCUCUAUUUUCACUCAUGUUUAAAAUAGUCAAUGAUGAGCAUUCAGGAAAAGUGAAAAGUUUUAUGCUGGAUGUCCUUUGCCCUCUUAUAACUGAAUCAGAUAUUGUCGGAAACGAGCUGUUGGAUAUAAUUCUGAUGAAUAUAGUAGAACCCAACAAGACACAGAAAAAAAACGCUUACUUGUUGGCAAAAGAACUUGUGAUUAAGUGCAGCGAUACAUUGGAACCCUAUAUUCAAGCGUUUUUUAAUCACGUCCUCAUUCUUGGAAAAGAAGAAAAGGGUCUUCAAAUCUGUAAAAAAGUAUACGAUUUGAUCUACGAACUGAACCACAUUUGUCCAAGUGUUUUGCUAUCAGUCCUUCCUCAGUUGGAAUGUAAACUCAAAUCAUCUUUGGAAAAUGAGAGAUUGGGGGCUGUUGCCUUACUCGCCAGAAUGUUUUCAGAAAAAGGAUCGCAAUUAGCGAUGCAGCAUACACAGUUGUGGCGUGCAUUCUUAGGUAGAUUUAACGACAUAAGUGUUUCAAUUCGCAUUAAAUGUGUUCAGUAUUCCAUGCACUUCUUACUGAAUCAUCCGGAGCUCAGAAAAGACAUUACUGACACACUUAAAUUAAGGCAACACGACGCGGAUGAGAGCGUCAGAUACGAAGUUGUUAUGGCUAUCGUCACUACUGCACGAAGAGAUUUCGAAGUUGUAUCAGAUAGCGAAGAUCUGUUGGAAUUUGUGAAAGAGAGAACUCUAGAUAAGAAGUUUAAAAUUCGAAAAGAAGCCAUGUCGGGAUUGGCAAUGAUUUACAAAAAGCAUCUCAAUGACGCUGAUGUUCCUCAAGCUACCAAAAAAGCGGUCACUUGGAUUAAAGACAAAAUCUUACAUGGCUAUUACAUGGCUGGAAUGGAAGAUAGAUUACUUGUCGAAAGGUUGCUCAAUACAUGUCUAGUUCCAUAUCAACUCAGCCCGGAAGAGAGAAUGAAAAAAUUAUAUCACCUGUUGGGUACUAUCGAUGAUCACGCGUCCAAAGCAUUCGUUGAACUGCAAAAGCAUCAACUAGCGGUGCGAAGAUCCGUCGUGGAAUGGGUUGAAAUCAUAAAGAAGCCUGAUUCUCCAGCACGUGACCGUGACUUAAUGAACAAAAUUUUGCAAAUAUCACGGUUCCUGCCAGAUCCAAUGAAGGUUCAAGAGUUUUUGCAGAAAUUCAGUGCACAUAUGAAGAAAGAACCAACGCUUCUGCAGGGCAUGGAGACCAUUGUACAACCAAAUGUAACCUGCAAAGAAUGUGCAGAGACUACUAGCCUAGUUUUGAAAAAACUCGGACAACCGGUUAUGACCAAUCUUUAUUACAACACUAUCAAAAUGCUAUUGGAAAGAGUCAGCAGUGUCAUGAUUGAUGAAGAAGCUAUUAGGGUUUUGAUUGGCUAUGUAUUGGACUGUCUGAAAGGUGGCAAUGUUAUUGAAGAAGUCGGCUUAAAUCCAAAUAAUGCAGGCGAAAAGGGGUUGAGGUUGCUUGUGAUGUUAUCAUUUGUCUUUGGCCCUCAUUUUUUGCAUGCGGACAUAUUGAUGCGUUUGGUGAAUUUAUUAGAACUUGACGAUGAAAUGGUGGCACCUUUGGUUUUAUCUAUUUUCACGUUUUUGGGAAAAUACAAAUCUUUGUCUGACGUGGCCCCUGAUAUAAUGAAUCUAAUGGUACCUAUGUGUAAAACUUUUGCCGAAACUGGUACUCCAAAACAAGCAAAACAGGCCAUUAGGUGCUUGUUUGUUAACAUGGCUAAUAUUCAUGAUUCCAUAUUCCCUGAAAUCAUUGAAAGGAUCAAAAAUACACUUACUCCAAGCUCAGAACAUUACCGGACAUCCAUUGUUACACUGGGACAUAUCGCUUAUAAUCUGCCUGACAAGUAUCAAAUACAAAUAAAAAACAUGGUAUCCAGAAAGAUCGUAAAAGAGCUACUAGUCAAAGAAAACAGUGAGCAAACAACGGAUGUAAUCGAAGGAGACUGGUGUCGGGAAGAACUAUUGCCAGAGGAGACGCGUUGUCGGGUAGAAGCAUUAAAAUGCAUGGCUAGGUGGCUGUUGGGACUUAAGACUGAUGUUCUUUCCGCCCAAAAGACAUUCAGAAUGUUGAAUGCAUUCGUAGUAAACAAAGGUGACCUUCUGCAACAGGGCCGAUUAAGUAGAGCUGAGAUGAGCUGGCUGAGAUUGCAAGCGGGAUGCUCAAUGCUGAAGAUAUGUGAACAGAAAGGAGUUGGAGAUCAAUUUACUGCAGAACAAUUCUACAAUUUAUCUCAGCUUAUGGUGGAUGAAGUUCCUCAAGUUAGAGAAGCCUUUGGAGGUAAACUGCACAAAGGCUUAGGCAGAGGAAUACCAAACAAAUGUCUACCACUAGAUUUUAUGGGGUAUUAUGCACUUGCUGGAAAAGAACAAGACAAAAGGUUGAGGUAUUUAUUAAAAACAUACAUGCAGACUGACAUCAACAAAAGAAGAGAUUAUGUCAAAACAUUGUCAUUGGGGACUGUCGCAAAAGCAAUGGGUCAACUACCCCAUAUUCUACCUGACUACAUGCUGGUAUUUGCGGUCCCCAUUCUCGCCCACGAUCCUGAAUUCACAAACAACACUGAUACGAGUCAACUUAAAAUCAUUCAACAGUGUCUCUGGUAUAUACUAGAACCGCUGAUAACUAAAAAUGAAUUCUAUUGUUAUGGAUUCUACAAAAACCUUAUUGAACGGAUGAAGAGUCACAAGGAUGCAUUGAAACCUGAUGAUGACUCUGCUAACUACAAAUUAUGGGCAGUGUGUGACUUGGCUAUGAAUCUUAUAUUUACUAAGACAACUAACUUUGACUUGAAAGAGUUCCCAAGCGAAACGCGCAUUCCUACAAUGUAUUUCAAAAGGGCAGACGAGCUGUUAUCAAAUACUAAGAGUUAUCUUCCUGGCGAAAUGCAAAUAAACAUGUCCAGCCCUAAAGGAAAGGGUCUUCUUCAUAAUUCACACCUUGGUAGUGAAAGGCCCCAAAGGAAGACUAAAGCUAAACAGCAAAAGGAAGUAGGCAUUGGACCUAAUGAAACAGACGCCAGGCUGCAAAGUGGGGAAAUGGAAUGUAUUGACGCACAGCCCGCAGAAGCAUCAGAGACUAGAAUCCAGCUUCCUGGUAUGGAAGAUGAGAUGGAAGAACCACCAGCCAAAAGAACGCUGAGAGAUUCUGAUAAAAUUAAUCUCAAGUGAAAUUAGCGUGCGUGAGGAGCUGUGUUAGCGGCAUGGGGAUGGGGGGUGGGGGGCAACUUACGGGGAUCGACCGAAGACGAUAAAUAUAUGAAAAAAAACCGAAGAAAAGAAGAACAGUUUACAAAUUAGAAAACAGAAUAUUUUGGUUAUACACAGCAAUUAUUACACCUAAGUCGUUUGCGUAUUUCGAAAAUUUUACCCAUUAUAGUUAUGACGCACUCAGCUUUGAUAGCUGAUAUUUAUAAUUGUCUAUAAUUCAUCAAAUUCAAUAGCCACGAAACUACAUGGCAAUAAACGAUUAUUUGACUCGCCAGUUUCAGCUGCAUUACUGGUUGAUUGGACACUGUUGUGAAGUAUACGCAACUUUUUUUUUUUGUUCAAAUAUCACGCACGUUCAUUGGCAUUUAGAACAAUUGUCAUUUACGAUAAAUCAUCUAUUACAAUAUUUUGAUGAUAUGCUACCUACUGUAUGAUGAUGAGCUCUAUAUUUCAUGAUCCAUGUAGACUUGGCUAUUCGGUUUGUCAUAUUUUUUGAAUUAUGUACUGAUAUCGAUCGACUUCCAAUGGUGUAUCAUUUCCCUUACAUACUAGGCUAGGUCUCAUGAUGAAGAAUUUUCUGCAAAUAAAUGCUUUUUUUUAACUAUUUUUUUCUAAUAAGUUGAUGUUUUCCCGCAUUAAGUUAGUUUCGUAAUAGCCAAACUGCCUCGUGUUAAGGCUUGCAUUUGUUUACUUGAAUGUUUUUUGUUUUGUAUGUUACACAUUUGUCUGUAAUGAUCAAAUUACAUUAUUUUUCUAUUAUGAUAUGAUUUGAACGAAUGAAUUUCUUGCAUAAAAAUGUGACAAUGAUUUUUCUUUCAGUUGAAUCAUGGCAGAGGUCUAAUCUUAUGCAUUAUUUUUAAUUUCUAGUGUUAGGAUUAGAUAUAUCUUGAUAACGUUCCCUAAUUUCAGAACUGAACUGGUGUAAUGAUCAUUCUUUUCGAACGCAAGUGCGAGCUUUAACCAAAUUGAUAAAGUUAAUCUGGCUUACUUACAUUUCUAUUCUCAGCUAACAGGUGUGUGCGAAUCAGCUGAAUGAUCCAAAGUUGUUUGUUUCUAUUAUUAUUAUUAUUAUUAUUAUUAUUACUAUUAUUACUAUUAUUACUAUUAUUACCAUUAUUACUAUUAUUAAUAUUACUACUUAUAUUAUUAUUUGACCAGUAAAAUCAUGCAAUAAAAUUUGCUACGAUUUCAUAUCCAAAAGCCUGAUUCACUGAUAAUUACUUCAAAGAUCACGACCAGCAUGUGCAAUUAGCGAUUCGAUCAUUGUAACACGGACAGCUCAUCAAUUUCAAAUAUUCAUUUGUUACAAUUUUGUUUCUCUUCGUACAUUCUUCAAUCUUGACUGUUCCUCAUCUGAUAAAUAUGUAUAGCGGAUGAGACAUGUGCAUCAGGUUUCGUUUAGAAAAAGCACUUGAUCUUACGUCACUUUUUAUUCACUUUACUUCGAUUGUGAGAAGGGCUGUAUAUAUUCAUAUUCACUAAUUGGAGGAUUGACAAAAAGAAGGGAAAAUUCCAGAAGCACAACGCGCUUCUUUAAAAAUGUAACAAUUGAAGAAGUAUUUGAAUGUGUAGUCAGUAUACCAUGGAAACAGAAGAAACUAGGCGAAAAUGAUAUUAAAAUCAUUCAAAUACCUGUAUCAAUAACUUAGAGACUAUUUACGUUAACUCAUCAUUAAAUCAGUUCAUCUGUAAUGCGAUCAACCGUAAUGUUAUCAUACAUUUUGUCUCAUUGUCGAAAACGGAUCAUGCAUACAUAUUAACUUUUUUGUUUUAAUUUUAGGGCAAUAUUUUUCAACAAAACCAACUAUGCAUUGCAUUUUAGCUCAUAUACUUGGGCUAAUUGCAGGAAAAUUAUAAUCUAUGGGAUAGACAGUAGCUUCUUUUUCUUCUGCUUUGGAAUUUUAUUUAUAUUAUAGAUCGUGAUUUACCUGUAAUCAGUUUCGCAAUUUAUUAAACAACACGUCUCUAUAAUUUUGGAAUAUUGCUAACGAUUGUGGAGAUUUUGAUAAUGCCAUAUCUGAAAAUGAAUCAGAAUGUGCAAAUUGGAUUAGAUUUAUGUCUCGUUAUAACAAAAUUAACAAAUGAAUAAUUUUUUUUUCACGUGAAUAUUAGAUCUUAACGUAUAGCAUUCUAUCGUUUUAUUUUAAUUUUCAUAACUUUACAACUCUAUCAAUAGAAAUUGUAGAUAUAAACUUAUAUAAGGAGACACUGAAUCGCAGCAUUGUUGUGUAAAUUUGUUCAAAUAGUGCAAAUAUAUACAAUAUGUUCGAUGAUAUAAUUCUGUGAUUAGUGACUCAAGUUUCGGCAUCCCAAAAGCAUUUUUAUACAAAUUUGGUCAGGAUACAAAAGUUUCGCACAGGCCUUGUUCUGAUAAAGUUUUUCUGUGGUACCGCGAUAUGGUAUAACUAUUAUUGUAUUGAAUAAUAUUAAAUUUAUAACUUGAAUGUAAGUAAGAGUGAAACAUAAUAAUUGUGAACAAUGAUGGAUGGAUGUUUAUUGUAUUUAAGCAACAUAAAAACAAAAAAAAUUGAAAAGAAAACAAACAAGCUAAACUGUCUGCUCACAAAUUUUACAGUAUCUGCUCUCGCUAUGAUGCAACGGCCGUUCGUUUUGUUCUUCACAAAUAAAGUAAAAAUGUAUAGCAGUUUGUAAUUGCAACGGUCAAUUAGCACAUGGUAAUUGUUAUGUUUAUGAGCACUUUCGAGGAGUUUAACGUACCAUGCCUGAGCGUAGCAUUUUAAAUAACGACCAGUGUUCAAAAAAGACAGGUGGAUGCUGAAAAAAUAUGGAAAUAAUGUGGGUCAGGCACGGAUUUAAAAACCGCUUACCCGGUGUGGUGACAACAUAUUACGAGUAUGAAAUUGCUCUUUAUUUAUUCAUACACUGUUCACAAUCUGCAACUGAAUUAAAGUAUUCUAAUAAUUUUCUCAAAAUUACCGCAAACAAUUAAAUGAUGUUCGUUGUACUCAUGAGAUGCUACUGUAAUGUCCGCGAACAGUAGGGGAUAAACAUUGGUUUUACAUACUUCGAAUGAGGAGCAGAUUCAAAAUAGUUAAUGCUAUUUGCCGGUCUGUGACAUAAGUAAAGUAUUGUAUUGGUUCUAUAAUAAAACAAAUUAUGAAUCUA